AGGAGAGGGGAGAAAGGAGAGUGGGCAAGCUAGGGUUUUGCAAUUGAUACAGAACUUCUAGAGAUACGAUGAGCAGGAGCUUGGGUAUACCGGUAAAGCUUCUACACGAGGCCGCCGGCCACGUCGUGACGGUGGAGCUCAAGAGUGGAGAGCUCUACAGAGGAAGCAUGGUUGAGUGCGAAGAUAACUGGAAUUGCCAACUCGAGAAUAUCACCUACACUGCUAAGGAUGGGAAGGUUUCUCAACUUGAGCAUGUUUUCAUUCGAGGCAGUAAAGUCAGGUUCAUGGUCAUACCAGACAUGCUAAAGAAUGCUCCCAUGUUCAAGCGUUUGGAUGCCAGAAUUAAGGGUAAGAGCUCAUCUAUUGGAGUUGGCAGAGGUAGAGCUGUUGCAAUGCGAGCUAAAGCACAAGCUGCUGGACGUGGAGCUACAGCAGGUAGAGGUGCUGUACCAUCUGUUCGUAGGUAACUGCCACUCUUGAAGCAUUCUUUCUCCCUCCCUUCCGAGCUGGAUAAUGUUCGAUGGUAGACCACCUGAGACAUGUCUUGAGUUUUUCAGGUUCCUGCUUCGGUUAUCCUAAUAGCUGAUGUAAAAGUAGGUUAAGAGGUUUAAAUGUGUUUUGUCUAGUGGACGAAUAGAAAAGCUUAUGUUACACUCUUAAUGAAUCCAAGUCACUCAGUUUAUAUACCCUGCAUUGAAAUUUGAAGUGGCAUUGCUUCAGUUGGUCUAUUCGUUCUGCUGUGCCAAUAUUUUUAUGAGGAUCUUGAGGCAUGUUCAAUGGAUCUGCAUCAUGUGAUGCAUUGCAAUAUCUAAGUCUGUUAUUCUCUGGUAAUGAUUGGACCAACCAUUGUUGUAGAGAAUAAUAUAUGUAAUCCAUUUUU